AUGUCUCCAACUUAUCAUUGUACACCGCCCAGACGAUGCGCAGACACCGUUCGCCCAUUUGAUUCGCCAAUGCUCACUCCCUCGCCCCUGCGACAACCGACAAUAUUCUCCCCAAAAUUCAACAAUGAUGCCCAGGACAUCGACGACCUCUUCAGAAACUCCCCCUACAGGUCUCCAGCGCAGGCGCAUAUCUUCCAGAAUCCAGCCUAUUCGACAAAACCACUACCUAUCCAAGCGGAUGACGAGGAGGGUCGCAUCUUCCUCUCUUCCAACUCCAACUCUCCUCGAUUAUCUUCUCCAACCUCACAGCCUAUCUUUACACCCCUCAAGUCACCCUACAACACCGCUGGACGCGUAGCACUCGCCGACAGGAACCUCAACGAACCGCAGCCCAUCGCCACCUCAUCCAAUGGUCCGAUGCUGACUUCGCGCGCAGGGAUCGGCACCAAGCGCAAAGUCACUCCUCAAUGCACUCCGUUGAAGAUAGAGGCCUCGGGCAGCUUCCAGAAACUCGGCCCUCUCCCUGCUCCCAAGUUCGCCACCAAGACCCCGCACAGCAAGGCCGAGGCCGAGGAAUUCCUCCGCAAGCAGACAGCGACCCUCACAAAACUCAAGCUCAGCGAUAGGGACAAUCGUAUGGAUACCAGUAACGAUUCCGAUUGCGACUUUGACGAAGAAGCUGGGGCCAACCUGUUUAGGACUGCGUCGAAAGGGAAGGAAAAGGAAGAAGUUGUCGAGGCUGUCUCCCCUGGCGGGCGUGUUGUGAAGCGAAGGGCUCGGACAAGACCCCUGUCCGCCGAGCUUCGCAACCAACAGCCUUUCGAGUCCCCUUCGCCGGUCAAGAAGCCUUUCCUGAGCAAGACGCGUCCAAGGCACAGUGGAACGAUUGCCUUUCCCUCUUCGAAUGCCUAUCGCAGCCGCGCUUCACCCAGUGGUUCCUCUUCGUCCGAAGCCGGCUCUCCAGCCCCUCGUCGCAGAAUUAGCAACGUCGCCUCUCGACCUUAUAUUAAACCACCCGUAUUCGCUCCCCGCCCGCCUAUCAGUCGUCAGGACAAUUUAAGUGCGGCUACUCUCUUCUUUGGCCCCGUUAUUCCGCAGUCAGCUCCACUGCAAUCCCCGGCCAGGACACGGACCACUACUUCCACUGGCAUUCCCAACCCUGACAUCAAGUCUGCUCGCUCUAAAGCCCCCAACCGCCAUAGCUAUGGCGGUACAGGAACCAGUGGCGACUGGGCCCAUAUUGCCCACCCCAGCUCCCCAUCCCCUAUGUACGGUGUGCCCCCAGCGGCUCAACGUGACAACAGCUACAUCAGUACCGACGAGGACGAGGAAAUGUCGUUCGAAGGACCUGCUCAAAGCUCCUUCACUUUCAGUCUCACUGGCAGCACUCCGUCCCCGAGCUCCAAGAAACCUCUCCCUCGGAAGUUCGAGUCAAUCAAACGACGGUCCUUGGGCGACUACGAAAUGUCAGUCAGCCGGCCCUACGGUGGCUCACUCGCUGUCAUGCCAGGAGCCUCCACCAGUUCAAGCUCUCUCGGAUCUGACGAUGGUCUCAUUACGCCUUUGACCACUGCACCGACUAACUGGCCGGGACCGCAGGUUCACGAUAAAGACUCGGACGAUCAUCGGCCCAGGUUCACAGAUGACGAAGCCGAAGUCGACGAGUUCAUCGUACGGACACUAGCAGCUGCGACCAAGGGACCUGCACCGGGAAGCAAAAGGCCUCCCGGCACUCCCGUGAAGAAAGUUCGCACCGCAUUCUUGGGUCCCGACAGGCCAUGGCAAAGCGCAGUUGCCUCUAAGAUUGGGAUCAAGGAAGAUGUUGCACCUCUCAGGACCAGGAAGAUACCCCGCCAGAGCAUGCCAGCAGUGAUGCCCAUGGGUGGCAAGAGCCUUUUGGACCAAUGCACCGACACUGAAGACGAAGAAGACAGUCCGAGCGCCAAAAAGGAUAGCCGAUAUACCAAGUUGGGAUUGGGCCAUCCUGUUGGGUUGUUUGGGGGAAGCGGCCCUUUCGCCAAUCCUCGAACCCGAUGGCUCAUGCGCCGUAGCAGCAGCGGUGCCUUCUCCAGUGGUAGCGAAACCACCUCUCAGGCCAACACCCCGACUCGAACGAAAGGAAUAGACUGGCAACUUCCCAAACUCGCGGCGAACCUGUCGCCGUCCGGAACAUUUUCCAAGUUGACAGAACGGUCCGCUUCCGGUUCAUCGACGAGUUCAGGCGUUGCGAGCUCGCCUACGAACCGCAAGGGUGGUUCAACUCGCGGAACGGAUGUCAAACCACCGAGGGUUAGCCUGGUGAAUCGACGUUUGUCAGAGCCAUCCUUGACUGAGCAAUCUGGACGUUUUGAGCGCGAUUUUGUUACUGUCGAUGAAGUCGGCAGUGGGGAAUUCGGCAGUGUCAUCAAAGUUCGAAGUAAAGGCGGGGAUGAAAACAAGGUGUACGCAAUCAAGAGAUCGAAGCGAUUCGAGGGUGCUAAACAUAGACUGCGGCUAUGGGAAGAAGUUGAGGUCCUCAAACACCUCUCUGAAUCCGCCGAACUCUGUGGAUUAGACGGCCGACACCCCAACGUUUUGGCGUACAUCGACAGUUGGGAAGAGGACGAAGCGCUUUUCAUCCAAACGGAGUUGUGUGAGUCGGGCAACCUGGCGCACUUCUUAUGGGAAUACGGCAAGGUGUUCCCGCGAUUGGACGAAGCCAGAGUUUGGAAGUGUGUGGUAGAUCUGAGUAACGGUCUCCGCUUCAUCCAUGAAUCAGGCGUCAUCCACCUGGACUUGAAGCCUUCGAACGUCUUCGUGACGCAUGAGGGACGAUUCAAGAUUGGUGAUUUUGGGAUGGCAUCGCUCUGGCCGCGAAUGGCGAUCGUCGAAGCUGAUGGUUCUGAAACGACGAGCAGCUUCGAGCGAGAAGGCGACAAACUGUACUUGGCGCCAGAAGUGCUACAAGGGCGGUAUAGCAAAGCUGCUGAUGUGUUCAGUUUCGGCAUGACAAUCUUGGAAACUGCAACCAACAUCGUGGUCCCUGAUCAAGGAGAAUCGUGGCAUCGACUUCGACGAGAAGAUUUCUCAGAGGUUGACUGGGAGGGGAGCAACGAGUUGCUGACCCUGAUCCAGGAUAUGAUGCGCACCGAUCCCGCGGAGCGGAUCGAUGUCCAAGAGGUAUACAACCACUGUGUGGUUGCGCGUGCGAGAGAGAAGAUGGAGAUGACAUAUGCAGAGGCCAAAGCCAACGGAAGUACUGUUUUUGCGGCAUCACCGCUGGCAAGUGUCCCUCGAGGGUUUCUGGAGGAGAUACUGGGGCGCGAUUCAAGUGCGAUGGAUGAAAGUUUGUAG